UGGGAACUUCCUCACUUUGCCGCCAUGCAGUGCAGGGUCUACAGAAGUCCUCACUAUGACUGAUGGAGAUUAUGACUACCUGAUAAAGCUCCUGGCCUUGGGGGACUCCGGCGUGGGGAAGACCACCUUCCUGUACCGCUACACGGACAACAAGUUCAACCCCAAGUUCAUCACCACAGUCGGCAUCGACUUCAGGGAAAAGAGGGUGGUCUACACGGCGUCGAACCCCAAUGGGACGGCCACGGGAAAAACCUUCAAGGUCCACCUUCAGCUCUGGGACACGGCUGGACAGGAGAGGAUCCCGUACUUUGAGACCAGCGCAGCCACUGGAGCUGAGGUGGACAAGGCAGUGAUAACGCUGUUGGACCUGGUCAUGAAGAGGAUGGAGCAGUGUGUCGACAAACCGCCCGCAGAGUCAGCCAAUGGAAAUGGAGCUACGAAGCUGGCGGAGACACAGCCCAACGAGAAGAAAUGUGCAUGUUGAGUAAAAGCAGGAGGGAAGUCUCUGUCCCCCGUCUGUUUUUUAGUUCUGUUCGUUUGGGUUGCAUGUAUCUGCUCUCCACUCCCUUAAAAAACACGAGCCAUUUUCUCUUUCCUCUUUCAUUUCUUCCCGUCUGCCUCUCUGAUGGAGGAACAACUCUGCCUCCCUCUAGUGGACAUUGCAGGUACAGCAGCCUGUCAGCCUUCAGGAGGGGACAGCGUCCUCGCUGUCAGACACAUAACGUGCCUCGUUAAAAACAUGCAGCCUGGAAAUUAAACUCUGCACGCUCUUUGGUUUUCAAUUUUCUAUUCGUAAUU